UAGAUGCACAGAUUGUGUCAAUCUGCGUGAGGACCCAAGCAUCAGCAGACAUGGGGGAUGAUCUGAAAAAAGAGAAAGGAAUCAAGAAAGGAUUCGCAAAGGUGUUUGGUUCCGAAUCAAGCCCUACCAAGAAAGUACCGAAACUAUGUGGGACGAAUUAUCCUCUGAGCAUCCUCUUUAUUGUCGUCAAUGAAUUCUGUGAACGAUUCUCUUACUAUGGAAUGAAAGCUGUCCUCACCCUUUACUUCCUGAAUUAUCUUCACUGGGAUGAAAAUUUGUCGACCACGGUGUACCAUGCAUUCUCCGGGCUCUGCUACUUCACCCCCAUAAUCGGAGCUCUCAUCGCUGAUGUCUGGCUCGGAAAAUUCAACACGAUUUUCUGGUUGUCUAUUUUGUACGUCAUUGGUCAUGUAGUGAAAUCUGUUGGAGCCAUUCCCACCAUCGGGAGCACUGAGCUUCAUGUGGCAUUGUCUAUGGUCGGGCUGAUUGCCAUUGCCUUUGGUACCGGUGGUAUUAAACCCUGCGUCUCGGCGUUCGGUGGAGACCAGUUCGAAGAACAUCAUGUAAAAGAACGCGCUAAGUUUUUCUCCAUUUUCUACCUUUCCAUUAACGCUGGGAGUUUAAUCUCCACCCUGGUGACACCCGUACUCAGAGGGGGUGUCCAGUGCUUUGGGACGGAUUGUUAUGCGUUGGCGUUUGGCGUCCCAGCCGCCUUGAUGUUUUUUGCGCUCAUCGUGUUUGUCAGUGGCAGUGGGAUGUAUAAGAAAUUGCCUCCAGAAGGGAAUGUUCUGUCUCAAGUCUUCAAAUGCAUUGGAUUUGCACUAUCGAACCGAUGGAGCCAUCGCGGAAAGCAACAUCCUAAGAGAGAACACUGGUUGGACUGGGCCACUGAAAAAUAUCCUAAUAAAAUUAUCACUGAGGUGAAAAUGGUGACCCGGGUUCUGUUCCUGUACAUCCCGUUACCCAUGUUUUGGGCUCUGUUUGAUCAGCAGGGAUCACGAUGGACUCUACAAGCUACAAGAAUGGACACAAAAUUAGGAGGAUUUGUUGCUCAACCGGACCAGAUCCAGGUUAUGAACCCACUUAUGAUCCUUAUCCUGAUUCCAGUUUUUGACCUUGGAAUUUACCCACUGCUUAAAUGUUGCAAGAUCAACUUUAAGCCUAUCCCAAAAAUGGCGGUGGGCAUGAUUGUGGCAGCUCUGGCGUUUGUCGUGGCUACCAUAGUGGAAAUUCAGAUAAAUAAAACCAUCCCGCCGGUUGCUAAAGACAAGGAAUGCUAUGUGCAGUUCAUGAAUUUUGCCGACACGGAGCUAAAGCUUAAUAUUAAAAACCAGGAGUUUGUAGUAGGCAGUCUGAAAGAAUCGGUCUUUGAGGAUCCAAGUUAUCAUAAAAUAGAGCUUGACGGUAGCCAACUACAUAUUAAUAUCGCUUUGCCAGGGGAUUCAUUAUGUGAAGCUCAUUUAAAUGAACGCUCCGACUAUACCUUACUUAUCUACAACCUCAAUGGAGCCCUGACAUGCGAACAGUUUACAGAUUCGAAGACCAAACCGUCCAAUGGACGAGCGGCUGUGAGGUUCAUUAAUUUGCUGAAUACGUCUGUGCAAGUUUUCGCUGGCGAACAAAAUGAGACUCUUUCAUCGGACAUCUCCGCAACAUCUUAUAUGGAACAAAAAAGAGGAAUACUAGAAGUAAAAGCCAUAAUUGAAGACGAAUACAAAUUUGACAUUGGAUUACUAAAUUUCGGAGCAGCGUACACUGUAAUCCUCACAGAGAGAAACCCCACCACGAAAACCAUCGAAUUCAAAAAGACAGAAGAUGUUGAAGCUAACAGUUUUCACGUGGCUUGGCAGAUCCCACAAUACGUACUUCUCAGCGCUGGGGAGGUUAUGUUCUCUGUCACAGGGCUGGAGUUCUCGUACUCCCAGGCGCCGCCCAGCAUGAAAUCCGUCCUGCAGGCGGGAUGGCUGUUGACCGUUGCUUUUGGAAACGUUAUUGUGCUCAUUGUCGCUCAGGCGGGAUCUCUGGAGCAGUGGGCCGAGUUUAUCCUGUUUGCUGCCCUUCUAAUCGCCGUCAGUAUCAUUUUCUCCAUCAUGGGAUAUUUCUACGUCCCUGUAAAUCCAGAUGACCUAAAAGAGGAGGACGAGAGCGCAGGGGAGCUCGAGAAGAAGCCAUUACCAGUUAACUUCUACGAAAUGAACAUCGAAGAGAAGAAAACUAAGAUUUAAAAUUCGUAAACGCAAGAGCGAGAUGUAUAUAUUUCAUCCAGAUUUUCUUCCCUUAAAAAAACAAAAUUAUUUUACAGACAUGUAAUGGUUACUUUUAAUGAAUUGCUAAAUUGAAUAACGAACUCAGCACCUUGUCCACAACCCAACCUUGAAUACUACUGUUCAAGUAGUCCACGGACAGGGAGCGAGCAGACGGGAAUCCCAAUAUGCAGCACUUUAAUUCAAGAGAGAUUUUUGGACGACAUACUCUGACAAUUUCUCCGAACAAAUCUCAUAGUAUUAUAUUAAUACAGAUAUGGACACAAAACAGUUUAUUACCUCGAAUUUUCUGUAAAUCUUAAUGAUAUUAUAAAUAAAAUUAUACAGAUAUCUGUUUCUA